UCCCCACUCCACACCCAUAAUUCUAGGGUUGUGUCACUCUCUCCCGUCGGAGAGGUGAGAUCCGGGCGUCGAUGGAGGCGAGCUCGGGGCCUAGCCGGAGUUCCAGCCAGGAGCCGGAUGGCCCAUGCGACGGAGAGGACCGCCUCAGCGCCCUCCCCGACGACCUGCUCCUCGACGUCCUCGCCCGCCUCCCCUGCGCCGCCGCCGCCGCCCGCACCGAAGUCCUCUCCCGCCGGUGGCUCGGCCUCUGGGCCAGCCUCCGCCAGAUCGUCUUCCGCGGCGUGGCCCUCCCGUCGCUCGAGGCGGCGCUCGGCCGCGUCGAUCUUCCCCUGCCCGCGGUUUCCCUCAUCAAAAUCCGCGUCCCCAUCAAGCAGCAGCGUCCCCAUCAACCCGUCCCCAAGGGCAAGGAGCACUGGAGAGACAGCGCCGGCGUCCCCAUCAAGCAGCAGCGUCCCCAUCAACCCGUCCCCAAGGGCAAGGAGCACUGGAGAGACAGCGCCGGCGUCCCCAUCAACUCGCUGCUCCGCGCCGCCGCGCGGCUCGACCCGGAGAAGCUCGACUUCCGCAUCCCCUCCGGCAUAAUCGAGCGUGCCCUCGCUGUCGACCUGCCUUGCUUGCCCCGCGCCACCUCCAUCGCGCUCAACUUUUCCUCCCUCUUCUCCCUCGCCGCCGUGCCGGCCGGCGCCGAGUUCCCCGCACUCGAGACGCUGUCCCUGGCGCAAUGCACCACCAACCUCGACGGCUUGCUCGCCUGCUGCCCGCGCUUGCGCACGCUCCGCCUCAGCAGGGCUGUGUUCCUUGACUGCAUCAUUAGGGUCGUCAACUCGCCUCUGCUGCAGGAGCUUGUCGUGGAAUGCGAGGCCAGAUUGACACAGCGUGUCGUCAUUGUUGCUCCCGAGCUUAAGCAAUUGACCACCUCAUUUACAGCGGUGGUGGCGGUUAACAUCACCGUCUUGGCGCCAGUGGUGGAGAAGAUUUCAUGGCAGUGCUGCUACUUGGGGCCGUGUAUUGUGUUUGGUGUUUGGAGCCUCAACAAACUGCGGCUACAGUCGGCGGAGAGACAAGGAGAGCCAACGACGCUGUACAUUUAUGCCUGCGUCGACCCGUCUCCUUUUCGCGCUCAGGUGCACAACUUUAGGCAGGAGAUACAGAGGCACAUGGUUGCUGCCUUCUCCGUUUUCGAGCUGCAUCUCACAGCCAAGGGGCAUGCUUUCGGAGCGGUUGUGGUUCAUCUCCUUGGGAUGGAUCGAAUUAGUACUGCUACUCGGAGGCUUAAGGUCGUCCUACAUAGAUCAGAGUUGAAAGAAGUAUGCCCGACACACUGUCCUUGUGAGUCUCCGAACUGGAGGUCCCAGGCUAUCUCCUUGGAUGCUCUCGAAGAAUUGGAGUUCAAUGGAUUCGACGGAGCGGAUCAUGAGUUUGAUUUAUUGGAAUUGAUACUUGGAUGUGCACCGAUGCUAAAAAGAAUGAUUGUCAAGCUGUCCGAGGAGAUCUCGGCAAGUAAUGAUGGAUGUGCAAAGAUAGUCAACAUCUUCAAGCAGGCAUGUUCUUCUGUGGAAUGUGAUGUUUAUCACAGCUCGGGGAUAAUGUACAGCAGCCAAAAUUGCCCUUCCACAUGAUUGUCAACCUUAGGUCUGUCGAUCCGUGGUGCACAUUCACAAGAUCAUCCUUUGUUCUGUGGAUUUGUCGCGCGCUGCGCAUUGACAGGGUCUCGGGACUUUGCUUUGUUGCUUGAACUGGUCAUCUGGCGUGUUCUUUUACCAGUGUACUGUACUAGCUAUAUACAAGGUGCACAGUUAUAUGUUGUGUGGUUUCUCUGACAUUUGACUAUUGAAUUAAUGCACUCUACCCAUGUCGUGAAUCGUGAGUCAAUUACUCGAAGCUGACUAUCAUGU